AUCGUUUCUAAAGAACAUCUACAGGCUGCUUUUUCGCUCUGGCGUUGGCUGGCGUUAUCUCUGCAAGACUUUUGACCUCAACUUCACAAUUGUUCCCUGCCUGUGUUCUCUACAGUUGUCCAUGGCAUAUACGUUUGCUGCACGUCGUCACUUCAGUUGCCUUUGGCAUGUGCCCUGCUCUCUACUUGAUUUGCGUUACUGCAUGCACAUGCUUUAGUGCACAAUGAGGACCUGCCUUCUUCACGGACUGGGAACAACCUCUUAGGCAAGUCCCAGACACUCUUUCUUUUCCAUCUUUUCUGUUUUCUGCCUCAAUCUCAACCUCAACAUACAUCAACUUUCCUCCUCCUCAGCCACAUCUGAUCUCUGUUCUUCCUCCUUGAGAAACCUGAUCGACCUGUGGCAAGGUGGAUGAAUGCUCCGCGGCCUUUGAACCUAAUCAUUCCUCACAUUUCCAUCUUCCUCUUGCUCCUCGCUCACAGCUUCCAUCAGCGACAUGGGCCGAAAGGUGUUUCUCCAGCAUCUUGAGGAACUCAGUUUCUCUACGAUACCAGAUAUCGAAAACGUCCACAAUCCAGACGAAGGCGUAGUCAGUUGUCGCUACACUUACCACAACGGAGACCUCCCCAUCCACGUCCAGGUACAAUGUUGCACCACUGAUCUUGACCAAUACCCCGACGGAAACUCGUUCAUGCUCUUCACUGAUUCGGAGAACCUCCACGAUGUCAUCCCUCGUGUUCUGGAAUCCCACUCCAAACAUGCUCACGGCAAGGUUCUGUCAACCCUCCUUACCGAUCUCUCCCUUGCCAUGACGAAAGCUCUCACUACUGGCAUUCAGUCACCGGAACUUGGCUUUGAGGACCCUCAGCGAAACCUUUCGGACGCGUCAGACUUUGACUUUGACAUCGAGGAAGAGAACGACUGGCAGUUCGGUUUUGAUGAGAUGCCCAAAGGCGCUACAAAUAUCCCUCGCUUAUCUCAUGCAAAGGCUACCUCAGUCUCUGAGAUGGGUGCCGCUGAGAGACGAUGGGCUGAUCUCAGAGCAGUCAAAGACGCAGGAUUUCGUGUCGGUGUCCACGGCGAUCUCUCCAAGUCUGCCGUGCUUUGUGUUUCAAUCCGCGUGGGCAAACUUGGACUUUCUGAAGAAGUCAUGCAAGCCUGGAAAUUCUGUCGCAAAAAGUACCUGCUGCUAAUGAUCAGCUAUCCCUCCGGGUAUCGCACGCUUGACUAUGUCGUGACACGCCAGAGCUUUGCUCCCGAUAUAGAUUUGCGAAUUGGUCUUUGCCAGCAUUACAAGCCUUGCCCUCAAGAUAUCAACAAAGCCUUUCAAGGCAACAAGGUCCAAAAGCCAGCGGUCAAUCAAUCGAAUGCACCCAUGGCUGAUCAUGAAGGUCAGCUAGAGCCAUUGUUCAUUGGCAAGCCAAUGUUGCAGCUCAUGCAAGACUUCCUUCCUCAUAUCAUCCAGUCUCGACUCGAUUUUGGCUUGAAUUGGCUUGGAGCGGAAAAGUUCGUGCUCGCACUGGGCAUUUCGAGCUCAGAGGAAGAUCGGUCCAGCAUCGUACCUUCGAAUCAUAGUGACGCUAGGGACAGCAGCACACUUUUUGCACCCGUUGCUAAUGCAGACCACUUCGAGACUGCCCGAGACAAUGAGCUCUCCCUUCCACUGGUGGCCAUGCAAUUUCUCCUGCGACACGUUAUUCGAUGUACCGAGUUCUGUCUCGUAUGUCACUGUCCUAUGGAAGAGAAGUUUGAAGCGCUCAAGCCAUAUGUCUGCUCCAAGCCCCUCUGCCUAUAUCAAUACAUGUCACUGGGGUUUGGUCCAGAAAUCGAAUGGGAGAUCAAGACUCAGCCAUACGUCGUGGAUCUGCUCAUCAGCUUUUGCUAUGUUGCCGCAUGCCAAGGAUCCCUGAAAGUUUUGCCUGUAGGCUUGAAUGUCAUGGUUCCUCUUCUGCCAUUUCGGGAUUCAGGCAGUCUUAGGAACGGACAAUCAUCUAGCCCACCUCAGCCGACAGCUUCGUCUUCUCUGCCAGUCAAUCCCGUUGCUUGUGAUUACAAGUCGGGGACACAGGAACUCCAUAUAAAAGACGGAGAUCUCAACCGGUUCAAAGCCUUGAGACCGGGUGCUUGGCUUGUUCUCGUUCCACAUUCCGGCGAGGGUUUUAUUCACUGCUGUGUGGACAAGAUCGAGCUUCCCACUGUUUACAUUAGUUUUCCGGACUCUAUGGUCAGUGGAGCAUCGCCACAGAAGUCCCAGAAGCCGGCGCCAAAGAAGUCGUCACGCUCUGAACCUGCAUCACGUUCUGACAAUAGCUCAUCGGGCGUCGCAGAUGCACGGGUUGACUGCUGUCUGUACGAGAACAAUUUCGAUGAUCUGGCCGAGGAUCAACAGCAUUAUGCCAUCAAGGUAUUGUUGGAGACGCUGCCGAGCGUCCAGGACAUGUGUGACUAUCUGGAGGCAAGAGAUACAGGUUCGUUGAGUGGAUGGAAGCAACGAAUUUCAGACUCGGCACUCAGUAUACUCCGGUGGAUCAUUGCUUCGAAUCGAUCUUACAUCAUGCAGGUGGAUGGCAUGGAGGAGAUUGACACGGCGAUUCACCUAACUCCUGGUCCAGACGAAGUCAGAGAGAUGGACAAAUGGAUUCAAUUCCGGUUUGCUCAGGGUGCUCCCGACAAAGAGAAUAGAUUUGUGGAAUGCAUGAAGAAGGAGACAUCAGCGUCAAGGCACCCGAGCUUAUGGGCCUGGCAUGGCAGCAAUUUGGGUAACUGGCACUCGAUCGUCCGUCAGGGACUUCGUUACGAUCGAGUCGUGAACGGGCGCGCUUAUGGGAAUGGUGUCUACAUGAGCCCCACGGCUAGCACAAGCUUGUACUAUUCAGGACCGUCAGUUUCCCGGAAUCCUAAUCAGCAGGCUUCGGCCGCGGUUUGCUGGAAACAUUCAGCGUUGAACAUCAGGGCGGCUCUUUCGUUGAAUGAGGUGGUGAAUAGGACGGACAAGUUUGUGAGCAACACGCCUCAUUAUGUGGUGGCAAACAUCGACUGGGUCCAAACGCGGUAUCUGUUCGUGCGGAGCGACUCAGUGGUCGUCCGGAAGUCGUCAGACCAUACGCUGUGCGAGUACGAACAAGCUCCUGGCCGGCCGGUCCUCAACGAGCUAGGAUCCCGCGUCAAGAUCCCUGUUACUGCAGUGCCAAAGUCUCGACGACCUGGCUUGGUACAACAAGCGAGCGACAAUGGAACUCAGAAGCGGUCAAAGAUGAUGAUCGAGACGGACCUCGCUACUGCAGAACGUAUGGAAGACGAUGCUAAGAGCAUCACUUCAGACGAGGACGAUUUGGCCUUGUUGUCGACGCAUUUGGCGGAUGAAGGACAGGAAGGUGUGGUGAACGAAGCUGGCAAAAGCAAGGUCGCCACCGCCACCGCCUCGGACAUUCUUAGUGGUGACCAAGCCCAGGAGGAAGAAACCGACUUCGUUCCAGGAAUGUUAAAUGUGGAGGGGAUCAUAUUCUUGUCAGCACCGAAAAACGCUACGACAUCAUCGUCGCAGGCACUUAUGCGGUCGUUUCGGGAAAUGAUGGAAGUGCAGGAAAGCACACCGGCAUCAAAGUUGGGAUGGUACAUUGAUCCAAGCCAUGUCAGCAACCUAUAUCAAUGGAUUGUGGAAUUGCACAGCUUCCCACGUGACUUGCCAUUGUCCAAGGACAUGAAAGCGGCGGGGUUGACCUCUUUGGUACUGGAAGUGCGAUUCCAGCCAAGUUUUCCAUUCACGCCGCCAUUCAUCCGGGUUGUCAGCCCACGAUUUCUCCCAUUUCAGCAGGGCGGUGGGGGCAACGUGACUGAGGGAGGAGCCAUGUGUAUGGAGGUUUUGACCAAUAGUGGCUGGACGGCGGCACUAUCGAUGGACAGCAUCCUACUUCAAGUGCGACUGGCAUUGUCUGACGAAGAGCGGCCAGCCCGUCUUAUCAAUGGCCAAACAGGCGGACACGGUCGCUAUGCUCAACAAUAUGGCACGGGCGAAGCUAUGGCAGCGUACCGACGAGCAUGUCGGAAUCACGGAUGGCUCGUACCAGAUGGUUUUGACAGCUUUGAGGCAUGAAUGAAUGGGCGAGGGGGGC